UGUAGCAGCUGCCAUGUUUGGCUGCUUUGUUGUAGGUUUCUUGUAGGUUUCCUGCAGAUUUUUUAAGUGUUGCAAUGGAACCUAGCUGGAGCACAUUCUUAUUUCAGCAGGCAAAUGAAGCCCUCCACCACCAGCACCAGGUGGCCCAGAACAGCCUGCUGCCGCUGCUUAACUCCGGUGCCGAGCCCGUGGAUCAGAAGCCCAUCCUGCCCAUCCCGAUGGACCAGAAGCCCCCAGCCAGCGCUGCAGAGCUGCUGAAGGACAACGUUGCAAGCGGUGGGGGGCGGGGGCCCAUGCCCGUGGUGAAGAAGGAGCACAAGAGCAAGACCCCCUUCAUCUGCGGCUACUGCAACAAGGCCUUCCGGGACAGCUACCACCUGCGGCGCCACGAGUCCUGCCACACCGGGGUCAAGAUGGUGUCCAGGCCCAAGAAGACGGCACAGACUGCGCCCACCAUGGUGCCCCUCAUCUCCACCAUGCCUCGCGAGAAUAACGCCCCCUCCUACAUCUCCACCAUCGCCGGCAUCUUUACCACAGCAACCACCUCGGUCUCCUCAGGCUCCAGCAUCAUGACGGCCGCCUCCAUGAUCAACGUUCCCCAGCAGGGAGGCCCCAAGAAGCCCCCCAAGCCCGUGAAGAAGAACCACGGCUGUGAGAUGUGUGGGAAGGCCUUCAGGGACGUGUACCACCUGAACCGCCACAAGCUGUCCCACUCAGACGAGAAGCCCUUUGAGUGUCCCAUCUGUCAGCAGCGCUUCAAGAGGAAGGACAGGAUGACCUACCACGUGCGCUCGCACGACGGGGGCGUGCACAAGCCCUACGUCUGUUCUGUCUGCGGGAAAGGCUUCUCCAGACCGGAUCACCUUAGCUGCCACGUGAAGCAUGUCCAUUCCUCAGAAAGACCGUUCAAAUGUCAAGUAACGGCCUGUACCUCUGCCUUCGCCACCAAAGACCGACUCCGCUCCCACAUGAUCCGACACGAGGGCAAGGUCACCUGUAACAUCUGUGGGAAGAUGCUGAGCGCCGCCUACAUCACCAGCCACCUGAAGACUCACGGACAGGCCAACUUCAACUCUUGCAACAAAGGGAGCUGGCAGUGGAAUUCCUCAGGGGCACUGAAAGACAGCAACAACGUCUGCAACUCUGCCUCGGCCACACCCGUCACUGCCUCCGCCCCCAUCACCACGGCGAUGAACCGGGGUAUCUCCAGCAACAACCCCAUCACCAUAGCAUCGGCGAUGAACAUUUCCACCAACACGGUAAACAUCAGCUCUCCAGUCAGCCUCCACCACCCAGUCACCAUCACCGGGCCCGUCAACAUCCCCUCGUCGGCUGGCAUGAACAUCGCCCACCCUGUGGCCCUCACCACCUCCAUGCCCAUGAAUAUAAACAUCGCCAUGAGGCCCAUGGAGAGCAUGCCUUUUCUGUCCCAAGUCCUGCCUUCAUCCCCACCCUGGUAGACGGCAGAGAGAACAAUGAAAGGGAAAAUGGAUAAACGAGAGACUCCUGUCCCCCCUCCCUCCCACUCUCCCUCCCUCCCCCUCCAGCCCCCUCUCCACCCCCCCCUCCUCCCCCAGACCUGGAAGCGAGUGUUUACUGAGGCUUCAGGGGGCAGAGCCCCCCUGGUGGUCCUUCAGGGGGCACAGUCUCCCUGGGUGUCCUUCAGGGGGCACAGUCUCCCUGGGUGUCCUUCAGGGGGCCGAGUCUCCCUGGGUGUCCUUCAGGGGGCCGAGCCCCCCUGGUGGUCCUUCAGGGGGCACAGUCUCCCUGGUGGUCCCACACGUUGUCUCCAGCAGAGAACACUAGAAGUUAGGUAGGUUUCGUCUUGUAAUCGGAAGGACUUUGAACCUAGAUGUAGUGAGUCUGAUAAAGAGUGUUAAACUGUGAUGCAAACGUCCAGAGCUGGGGUCUGAACUGGAGGAGGUGUGGCUACACCUCACCUGAAGCACCCGCAGCUCAGCAGCUGGGAGAAGACGACUGAAACGAUGGACUAAGGCAAUAAGUACAGAGCUGAUUUGGAUGUUCCUUUGGUUCUCUGGCAAAGCCGUUGGGUGUUCCUUAUGAUGUUUUUAACUAUAGCCUGCUAAUCAGUAUUUAAUGUUUUUAGGAGAAGAGUUCAACAAAAGGGACAGUUGCUUCCAUUUGCAUGGACGGUUAUGUUCUUUUUAUUUUUUUUCCACGGUUGUAUUGCAUUUGUUUUUUCAAAUAGAAGGUAUGCUCUUGAGGUACAGUGGCUAACUUGUACAGUUGUCAUGGUAAUGUAUUCUCACCAUCAGCAGUUUAUUUGUACCCUUAUUGAAGUGGAUAUCUGGACAGUGUCCUUUUGGACUGUUAAAUAUGUCUAAUUCUUGUUUCUCUCAUUAGGGAUGGCAGUGGGGCGGUCUUUUAUUUGGUCAUCAGUUGAUGUUGUUUUUGUUUUAAACAUUAAGUGAGAGAUGAAUGAGUCUUGCACUGAAAUCCCUCAUAACUGAACAGCAGUAUUACCACAGAACAAAUCAAGUGUUAAUCAGACAAACAGAACAGCGCCAUCUAGUGGCUCAACAGUCCUAAAGUCCAGCAAGGAUCACACACACACACACACACACACUAUUAUGUUGGUGAUGGAUUUUAGUUUUGUUAGCUAUAUUUUAUAUCCUUUUGUUUCUUAUUAUUUUGUCUGUGAGGACCCCCAUAGUUUGGACUUUCCACUCAGGAACUCUCUGUGAGGCCCGGUAAACGUGGUUUUCUUAUUAUUGGAGUUCAUGUCUAACAUGUAACUUGACCCUGGACUUUCCCAUGUUACUUUGUAAAUAUUUAACUCACUAUAUACUUUUUUUUUUCUCUCUCUAAAAAAGUAGAACUCCAGAGACUAGGGAUCCAAGAAAUCUUCAUUUUGUGAAACGUAGCCGUCCAUUUUAAUAAUAAUGUUGUUUGUAACCGUUCACACGUCUCCAGUAUCGAUCAAAUACCAGUUCAGUCUGCCUGUGUCAUACUGAGGGCUGGUGGUGGGUUAACUGAACGAUGUUGUGAGGAAGAAAACACUAAUAAACAUUGAUAGAUGGAUGCAGAUAACGGGACUAGAUAAUGUUUGUGGCAUGCUGUCUUGACGAGGGCCGACCAUGUAAACAGGCUCACUGAAACAUGCCUCCUAGAGUGUCCUGAUCGCUCAAACAAGUUGACGACAACGUCUGUGAGCCAGGUUUAAAACUGUCUGUGAGCCAGGUUUAAAACUGUCUGUGAGCCAGGUUUAAAACUGUCUGUGAGCCAGGUUUAAAACUGUCUGUGAGCCAGGUUUAAAACUGUCUGUGAGCCAGGUUUAAAACUGUCUGUGAGCCAGGUUUAAAACUGUCUGUGAGCCAGGUUUAAAACUGUCUGUGAGCCAGGUUUAAAACCGUCUGUGAGCCAGGUUUAAAACCGUCUGUGAGCCAGGUUUAAAACUGUCUUCAAACACCGCUGAGGAUUGGGAUGAGGUCGGUGGAUACCAGUUCACUCUGAUUAAAAAAAAAAACGGUUAAUUUGACGAACAAACAGGAUGCAUGUUGUUAAUUCCCAUGAUUUAUUUGUUUUCUUAUGCAUUUGACUCACUAUGAUUACCUGUUUGACAAAUUUAAUACAACAAUGUAACGGGGAUGUGAACAUUUUUAACAUUUCUUAAUUUUAAUGAAAAAAAUAAACUGAAUUGAAAAUUCUUGGACCCCUGUUAAGGCAGUUGAAUGUAUAUCUUUGUACAAAACAAGUUUAGUUCUGAGGAUGUGGUAGUUACAGUAGACAUGUGAAAGAUAACCUUUUAUAAAUCUUUUGUAUUAGAACAUUAACGGUAAUUUUGUAUAUAUGAAGACUAGGCUUUCUGACUAGCAGAAAGGUUAAACAUUCCUACAUUUUUUUAAAUGUAUGGUUGUCAAAUUAUUACGUAAACAUGCGCAAUGUUUUAUGUGCCUUUUAUUUGGGUUGUCUAAAUAAAAGAAAAC